ACGCAUAUGGACAAAUAGCUCACAUUUCAAUGCCUAAUUGGGUCGCUUCCUGCCGCUGUCAUCAUGCAUUCGAAUUCGAUGGCGUUUGACGGUGAUUAGAGGGACAACUGUUGGAUUUCUUGCCUGCAAUGUCCAACCUUAUGAACCCUAGAAAAUUUUCAUAAAUCCAUUGUUAAACCCACUUUCUUUUCAGCAAGAUUCAUUCAAAAUCAAUGUCUCAACUUAAUCUCUCGUCAUGGGCAUCUUCAAAUCAACCGUUUCGCCAAACCGAUCAUAUAUUCAUUCAACAUCAUUCGAGAUUGUUUCAAUCCAAUGCCUCUUCCCCUUCAAGGUUAUCACGUUUCCCAUCGAUAAACUGCAAUCUUCGUGAACUUCGCCAGCGAAUUACCACCGUGAAGAACACACAGAAAAUCACUGAAGCAAUGAAGCUUGUAGCAGCGGCGAAAGUCCGGCGAGCCCAAGAAGCAGUUGUUAACGGCCGACCAUUCUCUGAAGCACUUAUCGAUGUUCUCUACAGCAUCAAUCAACAACUCCAAUUAGAAGAUGUUGACAUACCUUUAACCGCCAUUAGACCUGUCAAGAAAGUUGCCCUUGUUGUAAUAACAGGAGACAGAGGUCUCUGUGGGGGUUUUAACAACAUAAUUCUUCGAAAAGCCCAAACCCGAAUCGCGGAAUUGAAGAAUCUUGGACUGGAUUACACUGUUAUUAGUGUUGGGAAAAAGGGUAAUUCUUAUUUCUUAAGAAGACCUAAUGUUUUGGUUGAUAAGUUCAUUGAAGGACAGGGUUUUCCAACUGCAAAAGACUCUCAAGUGAUUGCCGAUGAUGUGUUUUCAUUGUUUGUAAGUGAAGAGGUUGAUAAAGUUGAGCUUUUGUACACAAAGUUUGUUUCUUUGAUUAAAUCUAAUCCUGUGAUUCAUACAUUGCUCCCAUUGUCUGCUAAAGGAGAUAUUUGUGAUGAGAAUGGUAAUUGUCUUUAUACAAAAGAAGAUGAGUUCUUUCGAUUGACUUCAAAAGAGGGGAAAUUGGAUGUGCAGAGGGAUAAACUGAUGAGCAAAAAGGAGGGGUUUUUGCCAAAUAUGGAGUUUGAACAAGACCCUGUUCAGAUUCUUGAUGCAUUGAUGCCUCUGUAUUUGAAUAAUCAAAUCUUGAGGGCAUUACAGGAGUCAUUAGCAAGUGAGCUUGCUGCUAGGAUGAAUGCAAUGAGUAACGCUACUGAUAACGCGAUUGAUUUGACGAAGACUCUCUCGAAUGCUUAUAAUCGCGAACGACAGUCUAAGAUUACCGGUGAAAUACUCGAGAUUGUUGCUGGUGCUGAAGCAUUUUUGUAGUCUCAAAAUUGAAUUCUAUUGCUUCCUUGUUUUGAACUCAGGAAACCAUUUUUAUACUAGUAUUUGAAUUGGAAAUUUGGAAUGUGUAAAACCCAUACAGAGGUUGUUUGGAAUUCAAAAUGCAGUUUUGGAUCGUUGCUUUCU